ACUUCCUCCUUUUUACCAUCGUGGUAAAGAUGGCGGAGCAAAAGUCGGUGCCGAGCGAUUUGUAUAAAUGCGUGUACUCGUUUCUGAUUGAGAACAAAUUCUCAAAGGCGGCUCAGCAAUUCGUCAAACAAAUUAAAGUGAGCCCACAGGAUCCAAAUGAGGAAAGUCUUCUCAAAAUCUACGACUUCUGGGUGAAAUCUCCCCAAGCUAAAAAACGAAAAGCACUUGCUGACAAGACUGAAGAUGCUGGCCCAUCAAGCAAGAAGGCAAAAAACAGCAAGGAGAGCUCCAGCAGUGAAGAGUCCAGCAGUGAGGAAGAUGAAGCUAAGGCUAAACAAAAAAAGGCUACAACACCUACUAUUAAGGCAGCAGCUACUAAAGCGGAAUCUAGCAGCAGUGAAGAAGAGAAGGCUCCAGCCAAAGCUCCUGUCAAGACUCCUGUUAAGGUUCCUGUGAAACCACCACUAGCAGCUGCAGGCACCACAAGGAAGAAAGACAGCAGUUCUAGCAGUGAGGAAUCAGACUCUGAAGACGAACAGGCCGCCAAAGCUCCUCCAUCAAAGGCAGUGGGUGCUGCUAAGCCCAAAGGUGCUACUCCUGCUAAAGAAAAGGAAGAAAGCAGCAGCAGUGAGGAAAGUUCUGAGGAUGAGGAACCAGCCAAGGUGAAGAAGGCUCCAGUCAAAGCUGUCCAAGUAAAAACUGUUGCUGCAGCUCCUGAAUCAAGCAGUGAAGAUUCGUCAUCUGAAGAUGAGGCGCCACCCGCAAAGAAACCCAAAUCAGGAGCAUACAAUGCAGUUCCACCUCCUACUUCAACAAUCAAGAAGGCUCCAGUUGAAUCAGCUAAACCUACCCCCGCAAAAAAGGCUGUGCCUGCUAAAUCUACAGUGAAGAAGCCUGCUGCAAAGAAGGAGUCCAGUUCUGAGAGCUCAGAAUCAAGCUCGGAGGAAGAAGAUGUAAAAAAGCCUCCAGCCAAGGUCACACCAGCUAAAGCGUCCCAAGUCAAACAGACCCCAGCAAAAAAGGACAAGUCAUCAAGCUCAGAUUCUGACAGUAGCUCAGAAGAUGAAGCUCAAGCAAAGCCUGCUGCUAAAGUGGCUGUUCCUGUGGCUAAACCUGCCACUCCGGCUGGAAAGGCUGCUGCAGCAGAAAGCAGUUCAGACUCUGACUCUUCAUCUGAGGAUGAAAAACCUACGAAGGCCAAAGCAACCCCAACUCAACCUGCUGCAAAGGCUGCUGUUCCUGCUGCAAAGGCUGCUGUUCCUCCUGCAAAGGCCUCAAAACCUGCUGCAAAAGCUGCUGCAGAGAGCAGCUCAGACUCUGACUCCUCCUCUGAAGACGAGGAAGAACCAGUCAAAGCCAAGCCGGCAAACACUAAACCUGCAACUACUCUUGCCAAAGCGGCUACUCCAGCAAAGGCAGCAGCAAAAAGCAGCUCGGAAUCAGAAUCCUCAUCUGAGGAUGAAGAACCUACAAAAGCCAAGGCUCCAGUUAAACCUGCUGCGAAGAAAGCCGCUACCCCAGCAAAGGCAACAGCAUCUAAAAGCAGCUCGGAGUCUGAAUCCUCAUCUGAGGAUGAAGAACCCACAAAAGCCAAGGCUCCAGUUAAACCUGCUGCUAAGAAAGCUGCUACCCCAGCAAAGGCAGCAGCAAAAAGCAGCUCUGAAUCAGAACCCACAAAAGCCAAGGCUCCAGUUAAACCUGCUGCUAAGAAAGCUGCUACCCCAGCAAAGGCAACAGCAUCUAAAAGCAGCUCGGAGUCAGAAUCCUCAUCUGAGGAUGAAGAACCCACAAAAGCCAAGGCUCCAGUUAAACCUGCUGUUAAGAAAGCUGCUACCCCAGCAAAGGCAACAGCAUCUAAAAGCAGCUCGGAGUCUGAAUCUUCAUCUGAGGAUGAAGAACCUACAAAAGCCAAGGCUCCAGUUAAACCUGCUGCUAAGAAAGCACCUACCCCAGCAAAGGCAACUGCAUCUAAAAGCAGCUCAGAGUCAGAAUCCUCAUCUGAGGAUGAAGAACCGACAAAAGCCAAGGCUCCAGUUAAACCUGCUGUUAAGAAAGCUGCUACCCCAGCAAAGGCAACAGCAUCUAAAAGCAGCUCGGAGUCUGAAUCCUCAUCUGAGGAUGAAGAACCCACAAAAGCCAAGGCUCCAGUUAAACCUGCUGCUAAGAAAGCUGCUACCCCAGCAAAGGCAGCAGCAAAAAGCAGCUCGGAAUCAGAACCCACAAAAGCCAAGGCUCCAGUUAAACCUGCUGCUAAGAAAGCUGCUACCCCAGCAAAGGCAACAGCAUCUAAAAGCAGCUCGGAGUCAGAAUCCUCAUCUGAGGAUGAAGAACCCACAAAAGCCAAGGCUCCAGUUAAACCUGCUGUUAAGAAAGCUGCUACCCCAGCAAAGGCAACAGCAUCUAAAAGCAGCUCGGAGUCUGAAUCUUCAUCUGAGGAUGAAGAACCUACAAAAGCCAAGGCUCCAGUUAAACCUGCUGCUAAGAAAGCAGCUACCCCAGCAAAGACAACAGCAUCUAAAAGCAGCUCGGAGUCUGAAUCCUCAUCUGAGGAUGAAGAACCCACAAAAGCCAAGGCUCCAGUUAAACCUGCUGUUAAGAAAGCUGCUACCCCAGCAAAACCUGCAGCUGCUGCCGAAAGCAGCUCAGACUCUGACUCCUCUUCUGAAGACGAGCCAGCGAAAGCAAAGGCAGCGCCCACUUCAAAGGCAGCCCCGAAAGCAAAACCUCCAGCAAAGGCAGCAGCAGCUGAAAGCAGCUCUGACGACUCCUCGUCCGAGGAAGAUGAGGAACCUGCUAAAGCUAAGCCAGCUGCGACUAAAGCAGCCACUCCUGCAGCCAAAGCGAAACCUGCGGUGACAAAGGCAGCUGCACCUAAAGUGGCCAAGAAACCUAGCAAUGCUGCAGCAGAGGAGUCCAGUGAUGACAGUUCAGACUCUGAUACUCAAACCAAGAAGACACCUGCCAAGGCUGCCGUCGUCAAUGGCAUCGCUCUCAAAGCUGCAUCGGCCAAGCCUGCGGAGUCUUCAUCCAGUGAGAGCAGUUCAGAGGAAGAGGAAGCCGUCGUGAAAAGUUCUGCUAAAACCUCUACACCUGCAGCAUCGUGCAAGCCAACAGCGGCUGCUAAAGACAGCAGUUCCUCCUCAGACAGCUCAGAGGAUGAGGCGCCUAAAAAAGCUGCCACAGCGCCCAGCACUCCUAAAACCAACGGCACCAAUGGAAAGCAGUCGUCAGAAAGCGAAAAAGAAGAAAAAGUGAAAAACAAGACUCCAAAAAACAAGAGAGAAACCACAACACCACAGACCUUUCCUAAAGAAAAUAAAAAAACUAACGCACCGUUCCGAAGAAUAAGAGACGAAGAUGUGGAGGUAGACCCCCGCCUUGCAGAUAAUUCUUUUGAUGCAAAGUACAGGUCCAACGGCGACUGGGGCGAGAAAGCAAACAAUGUCCUCCGCUUCACUAAAGGCAAAUCAUUUCGCCACGAAAAGACAAAGAAGAAGAGGGGAAGCUAUCAAGGCGGCGCCAUCUCCACCACAGUCAACUCUAUCAAGUUUGACAGCGAUUGAACAAUGUCUCCUUCUUGUCUCCUUUCACCUGAACUGUGUGAUGACGCAGGCUGCUUUAUUCCUGGCCUAACAUUAAAGCAGCACACGACCUGCUAGAUAGAUAAUCCACUUGCAGGCUUGCUCACAGGUAACACUGAGUGGACUGAUGGUGGUAGAAGAAUGCACAAUGACCGUGUAUAUAGCCACUAGGUGGCUUAAGGCCGCCAGUCCAUACAUACAAAUCUGAUUAGAAUUUAAUUUUUUUCAUUUCAGCAUUUAUGAAUGGCAGCCAUCCAACCUUUUUGUUUUCUGUUUUUUUAUUAUGUAAUCUCAAGUGUCUAAUUUCUCUAUCUUUAAUGUGAAUAUCGGCGAGAGGGGUUGUACGCGUUUUUCCUUUAACUCCGCAUGGAGGAUACAAGUCAAUUUUAUGCGGCGUAUUAAUUGUUUUAAGACCUCAUGGUAUGUUGAAAUUCUGUUUGUCUUGUAGUAAUUGACAGUUUUAACUUGUUACUGUACUUGUUUUCUAACCAUAACUACCGGUAAAUAAAAGAUUGACAAGUA